UGCGUUGAUUAUACGAGCUCUAUAAUAACACAAGUUGCUAAUAGUAUGGUCUUGACUCUAGACAGUUGACGUGAUUGACAAUACUUAUUGUAGCUGUUACGAGUCGUGACAAUGGGAGACAAGCUAGUAGUAGCGGAGCCAGCAGAUAAGACUGGACCGCAACAGGUACAGAGAAUUUGGAAAAUUAUUGUAGUGGGUGACAUGAAUAUUGGUAAGACUUCUAUCAUUAAACGGUACUGUGAUGGGAAUUUCAUCGAACAUUAUAGUACUACGACAGGUUUAGAUUUAAAAAAGAAAACAAUCAUUUAUGAAAACAAAACCAUUGUUCUAAACAUUUGGGAUACUGCUGGAACUGAAAAAUAUCAAUCUUUAAUGCAAUUAUAUUACAGAGAAGUGAUGGGAUUAUUUAUUGUAUAUGAUGUUACAGAUUUGAAUUCAUUACACAACUUGGACACAUGGAUAAAAAAUAUUGAUGAUUUCGCUCCUUCAAAUGUGGUAAAAAUUUUGAUUGGUAACAAAUGUGAUCUGGAAUCAAACAGAAAGAUAUCGACUGAAGAAGGAAAACUGAUAGCUAAACACUUUGGAAUUCCUUUUUUUGAAGUAUCAUCAAAAAACAAUAUAAAUGUAGAUGAUUCAUUUUUGAAAAUGAUUUCUAUGAUAAACGAGAUGGAAUUUGAAAUUAAAAUUAAAAAUGAUUUUGUGAUUUUAGAAGAUCAACUAAUGCUUUGUGGUAAUAACAACCCAUCAAAAUCAAAAUGUAACUGUUGAUUUGAGAAGUAAUUAUAAAGAAACCAUGAUAACAUUUAAUAUUUUUAAUAUUUUAUAUAUCUAAAUAAAUAAAUAUUUUUUA